AUGAAGACUUACUUUCAGUGUCACCAUAUAUGCAUACUGUUAACUUACCCCCUCUGGAGCGUACUGCACAAACCUGAGUUAUCAGGUCGAUUGGCCAAAUGGGCCAUUGAGGUCGGAGGGUAUGAUAUGGAGUAUCAACCUCAGACGGCCAUCAAGUCUCAAAUCUUGGAGGACUUCGUGGCAAAUUUCUCACCAUCCCUCGUGCCCGAGGUAGACAAAGAACUUUUAUUAAAAUCAAGCACAUCCUCUGAGGUAUGGACCCUAUUCAAAGAAAGUGCCGCAAACAUACGAGGAUCCAGGUGCGCUAUAUUCCUAAAGCCGCCCAUCGGCGGCAUAAUCAAACAAUCGAUAAAAACCACAAAACUAAUUAACAAUGAAUCCGAUUAUGAGGCUAUGAUUGCAGGCUUAGAAUUGGCCAAAAGUUUGGGAGCUGACACCAUCGAGGCAAAAUGCUAUUCCCUCCUCAUAGUAAGCCAAGUGAACGGAAGUUACGAAGCCCGAGAGGACAUGAUGCAGACGUAUUUGGACAAAACCCAAAUCACAUUACGUCGCUUCAAAGAAUGGACCUUAGUCCAUGUACCCCAAGACCAGAACAGAAAGGCCGAUGCCCUCGUAAACUCAGGAUCUUCUGCUGAAGAAGGAGACCUGCUCCCUAGAGCUGUCGUCCAAUUGUUCAAAUCUGUGGUCGAGGAAGGUCAUGCGGAGAUUAACUCUGCUAGCCUAACAUGGGAUUGGAGAAAUAAAUAUAUGGUUUAUCUGAAGGACAAGAAGUUACUCGUAGAUCCAAAAGAAUUGAGGGCCCUACAAACCAAAGUAGCCCGGUUCACACCCUACGAAAAUGGGGCUCUGUACAGGAGAACAUUCGAUGCCCCCCUAGCGGUAUGCUUGGGACUGGGCGAUACAGAUUAUAUGCUCAGAGAAAUCCAUGAGGGCAUCUGCGGAAAUCAUUCUAGGGCCGAUUCAUUAGUCCGAAAAGUGAUCAGGGUGGGCUACUAUUGGGACAGCAUGGAAAAAGACACCAGGGAAUUCAUCUGGAAAUGCGACAAGUGUCAAAGGUUCACUCCCAUGAUCCACCAGAUGGGUGAGCAACUACAUUCCGUUUUAUCACUAUGGUGA